GACUGGUGAACUCAGAAGUUCUAAGCAGCAGUUGCUCAAUGUCUGGUUAGUUGCCCCCACCCCCUGCUAUGAGGAAGUGCCAGAAAGUUUCAUUUUCAAGCCUGUGACUGGCUUCGCAGCAGCAGGAAGGGGCUGAGGCUGUGGUUACCUAUGGCUGAUAAACGCAACAAAAACCCACUUAAGGCUUUGGAAUCCAUCGGGAAAGACCUCUUAGUUGAAGUUUUGGAUGGGUUGGUGAAAAAAGAUGUUCUGAAAUUGGAGGAGACUGACAAGAAAAAAUUCAAUGACGCCAAACCUGGAGACAAGGCCCGGGUUUUAGUGGACGCUGUGCGAGAGAGACGCCAUGAAGCAGGUCAAGUCCUUGUCCAAACCUUCCUUAACACAAACAAAAAUUCCAUCAGCACAAAAGAUCCUGCAGUUCCUCCAGAAGUGACUGGGCCAGCUGAGUCAGCAGAAACUAUGGAUACCCUCAAGCUUUGUCCUCCUGAAAAGUUCCUGAAUGUGUGCAAAGAAAGGGCUGGAGAGAUCUAUCCAAUAAAGGAGAGAACAGACCGCACUCGCCUGGCUCUCAUCAUAUGCAAUAGAGAGUUUGAUCACCUUCAGCCCAGACAAGGGGCAGAACAUGACAUUACAGGGAUGACAGAGUUACUUGUGGGCCUUGGCUACCGUGUGAUUGUGGAAGAGAAUCUCACAGCCAAGGAGAUGGAGAAAGUGCUGGUGGUAUUUGCUGCCUGCCCAGAGCACAGUACCUCAGAUAGUACAUUCCUGGUGUUCAUGUCCCAUGGCCUCCUAGAUAGACUCUGUGGGACUCAGCACAGCGAUGAAAACCCAGACGUGCUACCUUAUGACACCAUCUUUCGGAUAUUCAACAAUCGCAACUGCCCCAGUCUCAAGGACAAACCUAAGGUCAUCAUUGUCCAGGCCUGCAGAGGUGAAAAUCGCGGGGAAUUGUGGGUCAGUGACUCUCCAGCAGCCGUGAAAGACAGCUCUUCACAGUCACCUGAGAACCUGGAGGACGAUGCAGUUUAUAAGGCACACGUGGAGAAGGACUUCAUUGCUUUCUGCUCCUCAACCCCACAUAACGUGUCCUGGAGAGACACUAGUAAAGGCUCUCUCUUCAUCACACAACUAAUCAGAUGCUUCCAAAUGUAUUCUUGGCGAUUGCACCUCGAGGAAGUAUUUCGGAUGGUUCAACUAUCAUUUGAAAAGCCAGAUGUUAGAGCCCAGAUGCCCACCAUUGAACGACUAUCCAUGUCAAGAUAUUUCUACCUCUUUCCUGGCAAUUGAAAAUAGUAAGUAUCAAGGUUGUUGACAGGGAAUUACAGGCAGUCCUUUCCUUCUUUACCAGCUUCUAGAAGCACCUUUACCAGUAUUGCACACCUAUUUAACCAUUUGUAUUUAAAUAAAAAUCAAAACACAUAAA